AUGAGCAUUUUAUUUAAUAAUACUUCAAAUAUUUCAAAUAUAAUUUUAAUUGCAUUGUUUUCACGAUUAUUAAGAUGGGAUGCAUUUUAUUUUUUACAUAUAAGUGAAGAAGGUUAUAUUUAUGAACAAGAGUUUGCAUUUUUUCCUUUACUACCUUUAUUGGCUAGAGCAUUAGGAGACUUUGCCUCUUUUACUAGAUCAAAUGGUAUUGUUUAUAUUGGAUUUUAUGUUUAUGAAGUAAUAAAAGAUUAUUUCAAUAUUAAUGGUAAUAAUGGUGUUAGCAAUAGUGUUGGUGGUACAUUCAAGAUCAUAUUCUAUUAUAUUAAAAUCAUUUUGUUAGGAUUAAUUUCAAUAUCUGGAUUUAUAAUAUUUCAAACAUAUGGUUAUUAUCAAUAUUGUACUGAUAAUAGCUUAGAAAGAGAAUGGUGUAAUUCAUACUUAAUUUAUUCAUUUGUACAAUCUUAUUACUGGAAUUGCGGAUUUUUCAAAUAUUAUGAAUUUAAACAAAUUCCUAAUUUUUUACUUGCAAUGCCAAUGAUCUCAUUAUCUGUUUAUGGUAUCUUUACUUAUAUUAAAUAUGAUAUUAAUAGGAUUUUUACAUUAGGAUUGACAAAAAAAAAGUCCGUUAAAGAAGGUAAAUGA